CAAAAUGAGGGUACCAACGAUGCUGUCCGACGUAGAGGAACUGCCCUCGGUGCAACUGGGCGACUAUGUGCUACGGUUUGAGCUUGAAGAUCUGACACCCUUCGGCAAGGAAGUGGCCAAAAAUGAGCUACGCGAAACACCCGAAAUACGUACUGCCGCCAUCGAAGAGUUGCGCACAUUGCUCAAAGAUGUUGAAGGCUUGGUCGUGCCGCUAGACAACGAUGACUGGAUGAUCCGAUUCCUUCGGCCAUGCAAAUUCUACGCAAAGAGUGCCUGCGAGUUGAUCCAGCGGUACUACCAGUUCAAGGUAAAACAUUGGGACAUGUACAACGAGCUGAUGCCGUCGAAGGAAGCGAACAUCUUCAAACAGAACAUUCUGGCCGUCUUCCCGAACCGCGACCAGCUCGGUCGCCGUGUGCUCCUGCUCGAGCUCGGCAAAAGCUGGAAGCACAAGGAAGUGACACUCGACGAAGUGUUCAAGGGUUGUGUGCUGUUCCUGGAGGCGGCCAUGCUUGAGCCCGAAACGCAAGUCCACGGUGCGGUCGUGAUCUUCGACAUGGAUGGGCUGACACUGCAGCAGGCCUGGCAGUUUACGCCUCCGUUUGCCAAGCGUAUCGUCGACUGGCUGCAGGAUGCGGUCCCGCUCCGCAUCAAGGGUAUCCACAUUAUUAAUCAGCCAAAGAUCUUCAACAUGGUGUUUGCACUGUUUAAACCGAUUCUGCGCGAGAAGCUGCGCAACCGUAUCAUCUUCCACGGUACCGAUCGUGACUCACUGUACAAGCACAUCUCGAAGGAGUGUUUGCCGGCAGUUUACGGUGGUACGGUCGAUGCACCCCGAGUGCAGGGUGAACAGUGGUACGAGCUGUUGCUCAAGUGUGACAACGAGUACAAGGAGAUCAACAACUACGGGUACACCAAGCAGCUGGAGGAGCAGCGCAACAAGAAGAACAAGAAAAAGUGAUCCUUCUGUCGGUACUUUGGCUGGGACUAUGAGUGAGGAAGG